GACCCUCUUUCUUCCCGGAAGAAGGAUGGAUCAACCGACGACGACGAAGACGAAGGCGAUGAUGACGGCGGCGACGACGUCCCAAGGAAACGAAUCGCCGGCGCUCCGCCGCCUACGCCUGCUCUCCCUCCACCUCUACCAGCCCUCCCUUGUCUCCCCCGGUGGCGGCGAGCUCGCGCUCAUGCCCUGCAGCUCUGGAAGGGGGCGGGGGCGGAAGGUGGAGGCGAGCGGCCCGGAGCUGGCGGCUUAUUUGAGGGGCCAGCACCAUGAGAUCCAGAUGAGGGUGUUCGACUUUUUCCGGUCGCGGCCGGACCUCCAGACCCCGGUGGAGAUCUCCACCGCCGACCACCGCGAGCUCUGUAUGCGCCAACUCGCCGGCCUCGUCCGCGACGCCGGUAUCCGGCCCCUCCGGUACGUCCUCGAGGACCCCUCCGUCUACUUCGCCAUCAUGGAGGCCGCCGGGGCGAUCGACAUCUCUCUGGGCAUCAAGAUGGGGGUCCAGUACAGCCUCUGGGGAGGAUCAGUACUAAAUUUAGGAACAAAGAAGCACAAGGAUAAGUACUUCGAUGGAAUCGACAAUUUGGAUUAUCCUGGUUGUUUUGCUAUGACAGAACUUCACCACGGCUCCAAUGUUCAAGGCUUGCAGACUACAGCUACCUUCGAUCCUGUUACCGAUGAGUUUGUGAUCGACACACCAAAUGAUGGGGCGAUAAAGUGGUGGAUUGGCAAUGCUGCAGUUCAUGGAAAGUUUGCUACUGUUUUUGCAAGGUUGAUUUUGCCUCUCCAAGGUAAGGGGGGAGAUUCUGCAGAUAUGGGUAUUCACGCUUUCGUCGUCCCGAUCAGAGAUCUCAAUUCCCACUCAGUUCUUCCUGGGAUCGAGAUUCAUGAUUGCGGUCACAAAGUUGGCUUGAAUGGGGUAGAUAAUGGUGCUUUGAGGUUUCGUUCCGUGAGAAUUCCUCGAGAUAACCUACUCAACCGAUUUGGAGAUGUCUCACGCGACGGAAAGUACACGAGUAGUCUUCCGACUAUCAAUAAAAGAUUUGCAGCUACUCUAGGGGAGCUUGUUGGAGGUAGAGUUGCCCUUGCAUAUUCCUCUGUAGGUAUUCUCAAGAUUGCAGUUACUAUCGCCGUGAGAUAUUCUCUGCUUCGCCAGCAAUUUGGACCUCCGAAGGAGCCAGAGGUCUCCAUACUGGAUUACCAAUCUCAGCAGCACAAGCUCAUGCCUAUGCUGGCAUCCGCAUAUGCCUUCCACUUUGCAACACUUCACUUGGUGGACAAGUAUUCCGAAAUGAAGAAGGCACAUGAUGAUGCUGUUGUUAGCGAUGUCCAUUGUCUUUCGGCUGGUCUGAAAGCUUACGUGACAUCAUAUACAGCUAAAUCUAUUAGCACAUGCCGGGAAGCUUGUGGCGGCCAUGGUUAUGCUGCUGUGAAUCGGUUUGGCAUCCUGCGGAAUGACCAUGAUAUAUUUCAAACUUUUGAAGGGGACAACACAGUUCUGCUGCAACAGGUUGCAGCAGACCUCUUAAAGCAAUAUAGAGAGAAGUUUCAAGGAGGGACCCUUGCAGUAACAUGGAACUACUUGAGAGAUUCUAUGGCUUCAUAUUUGUCACAGUCGAAUCCAGUCACUGCUCGGUGGGAAGGAACAGAUCAUUUGCGGAAUCCUAGCUUCCAACUGGAUGCUUUUCGGUAUCGAACCUCUCGACUACUUCAAAGCGUUGCUAUGCGGCUUCAGAAGCACAGCCAAACACUCGGGGGAUUUGGUGCAUGGAACAGAUGUUUAAAUCAUCUUUUGACACUUGCAGAAUCGCACAUUGAGUCUGUUAUCCUUGCGAAGUUCAUCGAGGCAGUGCAGAGCUGCCCUGAUAAGAAAACAAAGGAUGUUCUGAAGCUAGUGUGUGAUCUGUACGCGUUGGAUCGAAUCUGGAACGACAUUGGGACAUAUCGGAAUGUAGAUUAUGUGGCUCCCAACAAAGCCAAGGCCAUUCACAAGCUGACAGAAUACCUAAGUUUCCAAGUGAGGGGUGUUGCCAGAGAACUAAUUGAUGCAUUUGAUCUCCCAGAUAUUGCGACUCGGGCACCAAUUGGAAUGUCAUCAGAAGCAUACUCACACUACACACAAUACAUAGGAUUCUAGUUCAGAACAUGAAAAAUACCCAAUUCAAUAUGGUGAACAGUAGUGUUAAGUUAAUAAGCUUCAUUUUGCCAUGGAUGUAAAACAAUUGAUACUUAGCUUAAUUGUCAAAAAGAGAUGCGAGAUAAGAUGCAUUUGUUACUGUUUA